AUGUCUGCAGAGCCUUCGGCGGCAGGCGACAUGUCUACAGAGCCUUCUGCGCCUGGCGCAAUGUCUGACAUUCCGGCAGAAUACACUGGGCCACUUCGUAUCCUCGACCUGCCAUCUGAGCUACUUAGUAGCAUCUGUUCUCACCUCGACGGCAAGGACCUGCUUAACGUUCGACGCGCCUGUCGAUCACUCAACCAAAAUUCUAUGUCUUUCUUUGAUCCAUUCUUCUUUUCUCACCUGGAAGCCAUCAUUCACCUUUUGAGUCUUUCGGUCCUCCUGGAGAUUGCAAAGCAUCCACGGUUGUCCAAGUAUGUCACGCAGGUCACUCUGUGUGGCAAGUGGACAUGCAACGAAUCUCUCUCCCCCAGCGACCAGGCACACAAUGAUCUCCAUGACGGCAAUUCCAAAUCAAGCCAAUAUCGGAGGACAUUGCAAGAUGUGCUUCAGGCUCUUCCGAAUCUAACCAGAAUCAACGUUUGCUCGGACUCAGAAUUGAAAUCUAAAGCGAAUUCGCCACCAUCUCUCUCUUGUGGACUGGCUGGCUUACAGAAAUCGUCGGGUUUCAAUUUUCGUUUCGGUCUUGAUCAUGAUUUUGAACGCUGUAGUCUGGUGUUUCGGAUUGUGCUGCCUCUGCUCACUAAACUGGACCCCGAAGGAUUGAUUAGGCUUCACGUCGUGUUGAGUGCACGGCCGGCAUAUCCCAAAGUGCUCAACCCGCUGGAGUUGAGCGCGGCGACGUGGACAAACGCUAUCAAAAAGAGGGCCGUGACCAUCAAAGUUCAUGGGCACAUUGAACCCUGGUGGGUUGGACGAUUUUUACACACUGCGACCAACAUUCAUGACGUCGAACUAUGGGGUCUCGGCCGCGUAACCAAUGAUGACUAUCCAUUCAGAUUCCUGAAGUCUCUCAGUUUGACUGGUAUCUUGUCGUGGUCCGAUCUCAGACGUAUAUCUCUCCGAGAUAUGAUCUUGGAUCACGACUGCUUUACUGCGUUACUUCGCACCCACCAACGAACCCUCGGAGCAGUGCAGCUCGAUAGUAUCGGCAUUCACCUCGGUACUUGGCGUGAGUCCAUCGAAAUCCUCUCCACGAUGCCAAAUAUACAUGUCCUUCAGGUCAACAACCUUCUGGAGCAAGACGAUCACUCAGGGCUAUCCAACGAUCCACACUUCCUGGAGGUAGUGAGAUGGGGUGCACUCGAUUAUGCAGGUGCUUUCAAGAUCCAAGGGACGUCGAAGGAAGAUAACUUCACUAUUCAGAACUCGCUUUGUGUUCUUCUUAGUGAUUACCGGACAUUCCCUCUAUACCCCACUGGGAUGCCGGUCAUUUCUCAGGCCUGGAUAGAAUAUCACCAUCAGGUGGACUUUCGAAAAGCCACUGCGGCUGCAGCGAAUUUGGUGGUACACAAUGAAGGCUCAGACUGUUCAGAUGACAAUUAA